AUGGAAGUCGGAACGGUGAAAAACACUUUGGAAAUACUGUUCGAUCGGUUACAUCAUAAUCAGCAUCUGUUCAUUCCACGUAUACUCCCCGAUGCCAGAGGAGUAUAUGCAGAAUAUAUCGGAACUCUUGCGCGUGAAGAGAAACGUAAGGUCAAUUAUAUCAAGGCGUUACUGGAGUAUUGCGAGGCUGAGCGAUGGAUGCAGGCACGCAGCCUGUUGGAGCCGGCGGAAGAGGAGUACAACAAAUACUUCUUCAGGAAGAUACGAUCGACAACACCCUCCCAUCAGGUGCCCAACUAUAUAAAGACACAUAGACCAUCAGAAGUGUUGCUAGGAUCACUUAGCGGUCCAAACAGUAGGGGCGUGUCUCGCAGGUCCAACAGGGCACCAAGCAAAGGGGGCUCACAGGGUUCAAGAAAGGGCUCUAAAAUGGAGAGGCCAUCUUCAGAGCCUCCUAAAUCUAGAAAAGCUUACGGCAAACAAACGGAUAUGUCUGAUCUGAGUUCACCGCAAAAGAUAGCCGAGAAGUUUGCAGCCUUGUUCAAAGACGAGUGGCACGACGCGAUAGAGGAGCUGGAACAGCUGCGAAUUUACGAGGAAAAGGCUGCCGAGUGCUUGCUGAGGAUUGUACUGGACGCAUACCGUGUUUGCGCCGUUGAGGCCGAUACACAGAUCGCCAAACUGGAGGAGGCGGCAACGUCCAUAUUGAUGGAAGGAGUCUCUCAUCCCGUUGCUCAUAUUAAAGGGAGGAGGUCGUUAUUGCUCGAGUAUCGAAGAGGCGUGGCUGAGGUCUGCCUUGAAAGAAUGAAAGAGACGUUUCGACGAAGAUACUUGCCAGAAAUUAUUCGCAGCGUCGGCGUCUACCAGAAUAUUCGUACACACGGCCCGGUACUAUUGUUCGCCAACCAGUGUGUUGCGAUCUGCUGGGGUAUGGUGAUCCUGGAUCCACAGGUUUACCUAGUGGACGAUAGGGACUCGGGUCAAGCGAUGUUCAAUUCGGAAAUGUAUAAUGCGUUCACAAAAGAAGGACCGUCGCUGUGGUAUUACGUUUGGCCGCCACUGCGGAACCACAAGGGCGGUUUGCUUUUGUCCAAAGGGGUUGCUCAAGGUCGUUAAAUGAAGGAUUCUGAAUAUACUUAUACACGAAAUUUCCCGCUAUUUGAUAUGUUGAUACUGUAUUAAUUAAUUUGCAAUCGAAAAUUGAGUGUGAUAUAAAUCGUGAUUGUGUUAUGGUUAGAAACUUCUGCACCUAGUAAACAGUUUAGUGUAACAGCGAGCUAUGUCAUAAGAAUGUUUCACGCAUAUGAGUUGUGCUAUGCGUUUAAUAGUAGAUAUGUUAAAUACGUGUCUGUGUAUGUUUUUAAUGUGUGGACUAACCGAUGAAAGCUUCUUAUUUGUUGUGUAUAAUGUCUUUAAUUGACACAAACAUCUUGCAUAAUAAAUAACACUUGCAUAUAUACCGAAUAUAAAAAUGUUUUAGAUCACAUGUUAAAAAUUAGAGAUGAAUUUUUUUCCAAUGAGAAGUGCGACCGCAGAGUGUAUAAUUUGUAUCAUGAAAGCAGACUAUAAUAUAAUGUCAUGAACGUAUCAGUUAACGGCAUAUAAUCUUGAACGACAAAUGAACUUAUGAAAUGCAUUUAUUAAUAAAAUAUUUCAAUUUCAUUUUUAAAGGCUGGACAAAUUAAUGUGUGUUAACAAAUAGAAAGAAACUAAAGAAUCCAAUGCGUGGACAUACAUUAGCAUUAGUAUUAAACCAAUCGCAAAAAACACAUAUUAGUCAUCCACACUAAAAUUUAAUAACCAUUCCUUUGAUAUCAUUUGAUUAAUUAACUUCAUGGACUGUUAUUAACCGAACAAUACAUCAAUGGA